AUGUCGACUCUCUUCACCCUAGGUGGUGAGAGGAAGGAGGCCCGGAAAGACAUACAAGACCGGCCGGUCCCGUCCACGCAGCGCCGGUGUGGUGCAGCGCAACCGCAGAGCAGCCGACAGGGCAACGUCGGUCGGAGGACGCAGCAGCAGGCAACGCCGGUGGAAGCACAAGCAGCGAGCAACGCCACCAUGGUAGCAGCAGCAGGCGCCACACGAGACGAACAAGCGUCCAGAAAUGCCGUCCAUGCAGCCGCCCAGGGGAAGCGAGACGCAAGAGAGGGGGUGGAAAGGAAGGGUGGGAGAGAGAGGGAGAAGGGGGGAAUGGAGAGGGGGAAGGGAAGGAAGAGGGAGGAGAUGGAAAGGAGGGAUGUCGAGACGAGAGCAGGGGGAGAGAGGGGAAAGGGUGGAAAAGCGGAGGAAGAGAAGAAUGGAAGGAGGGAGGAGAGGCAUGGGAGGAGGGGAACGCGGGGAGCAGACAAGGGAGCAAAAAGGGAAGCAGAAAAGGGAGUGGAGAAAUGA